AUGCGAUUGUGGGUGCUGCUGUGGCUCUGCCUGUGCACCGGUACUGUGGCGCUCGGCCUUGACGUCGACGGCUGGUUUAGCUGCAGCGCCAACACACUAACAUCGACCAACACGCGGCGAAACACUCGAAACCGCACGGUCGAGUGCGCCCUCGUCGUCCUUCCGCUGUGCCACGCCAGCGUCUGCGAUGACCCAUCCAACCGAACGGUUCAAGUCUUCAUGAAGCGUUUGGUGGCGCGCUCUGAUUUCGUGGAAGAGCCAUCGAUCAAAGACUUGUGGGUUCUCCAGGGUGGCCCUGGUGCAUCGUCGAUCGCAAUGGAGACCAUGAUGAUCGACCUCUACGACGUCCUUGACGGCCAAGUCAACGUGUACACGAUGGACCAUCGAGGCACGGGGCGAAGCUCUCCGCUGCAAUGCAUCGCCACUCAGGCCGCGACGCCCGGCAGUCCCGGCGGUGACGUGAUCGAACUCGCCGAAAUGCCCGACUGCAUCCAAGAUAUACUGUUCCAAAUCGACGGUCACACGAGUGCCUUCUCUGUCACAAGUGCUGCGCUCGAUCUCGAGCUCGUGCUUCGCGCCUUCUCGGUGGCGAAUCAACCCACCUUUGUGUACGGUGCCAGCUACGGCACGCUCCUCGUCGAACGACUCAUGCAACUGGGUCCUACCGGUAUCACCGGGUUCGUCUUGGAUGGCGUCGUCUCGCAGCGUGGCAGUGAUGCGUUCCGGCAUUCGUUCGCCAACUGGGACCAUGACGUGGCAAGCGUUGGCUCUCGGUUUCUCGAUCGAUGCACGACCGACGCCUUUUGCAAGGCCCAAGUGCAGCAACACAACGUCACGCAGCUGCUACAAGAAGUCUACAGCCGACUCGACGCCUCCGUCGUCACCAAUACGUCCUUGGACACAUUGCUGCCGUCGCACCACCUCCGGACCGUCGUGUCCAAAAUGCUGCUCAACUGGGAACUCCGGCAGCUCUUGCCAGCGCUCAUCUAUCGCCUGUGGCGUGCUGAAAGCAUCGACCUUGUCGCUCUGAUGCAGUUCAAAACGUCCAGCAAUCUGUGGCAAAUGGCCGACGUCGGGUCCUCGUUCAAUGGCUUUUCCAUGAUGCUCUACUACCUGAUUGUUUUCUCCGAAGAGUGGGCUUACCCGACACCAUCAACAUCGACGCUAGACGCGACGUACGCGCGCGGUCUCUUUGGGACGGGUGUCUCGGGCCUUGUCCCCUUUUACUGCCUCAUGACGCAGUACAAGGACGAAGCGUCGGCCCUUCAGUACUUUGGCACACCCGACGCCUACGGUGCGAGCGACGACGUGGCACCGAUGCUGGUCGCCGUGCAAGGGCGCCCACUGCCCAUGCUCGCUCGUCAUUCCAGCGCCGUCGACGCGCUCCUCGUCGCCUUUUGCGCUUGCACGGUGAUCAGUAUCCUCGUGUGGCAACGGAAGAAGCGCAUCGCUGCGAAUGGAGCCGAUGCACUCGUGCUUGUACCACGGACGAGCCUCGUGGCGGGCUGUCGCCGCCAGCUCUGGUCGACCGCGAUCGCGACCUUCGCACACGGCUUCGCCUUGCUCCUUGGCAUCCUUCCGCCUUGCAUCUUCGUGCCCAUGGGCAAGAUCAUGGGCCACGCAUGCUACGCAGCGGGCUUGCGGAAACAUAUCGCAAAGAAGAACGUCGCCAUGGCCUUUCCAGGGAUGUCCGAGAUAGAGCGCAAGCAGCUGCUCAAGGAAGCGUACCAAUCGACGUGCACGUCGCUGCUCUGGUUCCUCCAUCUUCGCGCCUUUGGUCGAUGGAAGCGCAUGGACCGCUACGUCGAGAUAGCAUUCCCAACUGCGUAUCUCGACGAUGUCGCCAAAGGCCCUGUGCUCGUAACCUCGGCGCACCUUGGUGGGCGCCACGUCGGCGCCGGUCGGUGCUGGGAGCUGCUUCCGUUUGUGCAUGCUGCGCCGCAUGUGCCAAUACGCAGUGUCUAUGCACUCUACCGACCACUCCACAACGCGGCGCUGGACCGCGUCGUCUUGGGCCUUCGCCAACACGACCCGAGCAUGCACCUCUUGCCGGACAAGCACUGUCUUCCGAGACUGAACUCGAUUCUCAAGUCACCGGACCCCCACACGAUCGUGGCUCUGGUGUGCGACCAGCGCCCUAGUCACAACCACGUGCCCGUGCGCUUCUUGGAUCGUCCCACGUUUUAUGCCCCCGGCGCCGCCGUCUUGCACAUGCGUAGCCACCGACCCGUGUGGUUCACGGCGCUCUUGCAUGCCCCGUCGGGCGCAGCAAAGCCAUUUCGCCUCGUCACGAUUCCCGUCAUUGGACGGGACACGGACGUGAUGCAACUCGAUUUGAUCAUGCAGUCGUACGCCGAUAUCGUGUCGGCGUGCGUUCGCCAAGCGCCCGCGCAGUACAUGUGGUUCCACGACCUCUGGCGCGACGCUGCCUAG